UUGUUAUUUGGUUUUUGUCUUCGGAGAUGAUAUCUUGUCAAGGAUGGCUAUAAGCGUGGAUAAAAUGACAAGCCUAAGUAGGAUAUGUUUUGCUGGAAAAAAUUGUUGCAAGAGCAGGGCAGGAAUAUAACAGUUUGUUGGAAUAUCAGUUAUGAAUUGAGGUCUGUGGUCACUUGUUUGAUAGAGUUUUGCGGAUUCUUCUGUUUUAUAUAAGAACUCCUUGAACUAUCAAGCACAUUGAAUGACUUUAUCUCAUGUAACAAAGGAAAUAUCAUGCUGGAAAGGGACACAGGCCGUCCUCGUGGAUUUGGGUUUAUUACCUUUGCAGAUCGUCGGGGGAUGGAAGAUGCAAUAGCGGAGAUGCAUGGACGUGAGUUUGGUGAUCGUACCAUCUCAGUCAACAAGGCCCAGCCAAAAAUGGGUGGAGAUGAUGCAGAUUAUGGCUAUAGGGGAGGAAGCUAUCCAUCAGGUGGCAGGGGAAGCAAUGGUGCACGCGACAGACCUGUGGGACAAGAUGAAUGUUUCAAGUGUGGAAGGUCAGGGCAUUGGGCCAGAGAUUGCCCUUCAGCUGGUGGUGGCAGCCGAGCUGGAGGUGGAGGCUCAUUCUCUUCACAUUCUAGGUUUGAAGGGGCAGGUAGCCGUGGAGAUCGCUUUGGAGAUCGUGAUCGUUACAUUGAUGACCGUUAUGAUGGAGGACGCUAUGGAGAUAGGGACCGCCUUAAUGGCAGGGAUAAAUAUGGGGGCCGUGAUCGCUAUGCCGGUGACAGGUUCCCACCUGCUGGAGAUCGUUUUGCUGAUCGCUUUGCAGGUGAUAGGUAUGGUGGGUCAGAUCGUUACCCUCUAAAUGGUUAUGCCAAGGACAGAGCCUAUGAUAGGGAUGGUGGCCCACGAGGAGGGGGUGAUAGGUAUGGAGCUGGGGGACCUGCUCGGAGUGAAGGAAGGAAUUUCAGGAAUCGUCCAGCUCCAGCUCCAUAUGACCGCCCUAGCAGGGGUGGUCGCCCAACUUCCUUUGAGCGCUACUAAGCCCUGGAUGGUGGAUAAGCAUCUGGAAUUCAUUAGCACGUAGUAUCUUGGUUUUUGGUUAGUUAUUGUGCGGGACUAAAAAAUUAUUAACUUCAUUGCAUUUUAUUUUGGAAAGUUGUAUGUAGACAGUGCAGCUGCUAUGAACAGGAGGUUAAUGGUUGCAGGUAUGACUCGGGACUAUGGACUACCUAUCUUAAUCUUAAUCUUUAUCAGGAGGGAAUGAUGCCCCGGGAAAAUCCAGGACUGUUUUAAA